AACUGUAGGGUGCACUGAGUGAAGCUGGCGAACCUGCUACAACUUCUCAUUUCGUUGUUUGAGAGUGCAUUUUUCUUUCCGAUGUGUAGUGUGUGUAACUUAAAAAGGUAAAACUCAACUUGAAGAGUGGACUAUCCUGGUUAAAUAAGCAUAAAUCAGCUUUAAUUAAAGUACGCUGACGGAAGAGCCCGAGGGACAAUCUUGUGUGCGGAAGUGCGGUUGGAGCAAGGCAAAAAGAGAAACAGUAGUAGUAGUAGUUCCUGGUACGGUCAGUUUGUUCACACGCAGCUUACAUACGGUCUUAUCAGAUUUUAAAAUUUGUAAACACAUUAAAUUGUAAACUUCAUACGCAUCAGAAUGCAGAGGACUGCGACAGAAAAGCUGGAACGUACGGAAUCUCAUUCCUUAAGACUCGGGUCGCCAGUCGUGUCAGGGGAGGGAGACGUUGGCAGUGCGGGACGGCCGUUCACCCACCGGAAAGACCCCAAACUGUGGUCCGCUGUCGUGCUGUCAAUACUGGGCUCUGCCGUUGCUGUGGCCACUGUUGGUUGUUUCUGCGCCCUCCUCUACCCAGUACUCAAAGAGCUGCAGGCAGAGAGAGUGAGAGGACAGGAUGGGACUGAAGAAAGGAUGCUGGGUUUCUGGACUAUCCUGGUGCUAUCAGUAUUAGUAGGAUGUAUCUGCUAUGUCUUCUCAUGGACUCUCACUCACCUGGACUCACACCAGCCUGGCAUGGUGUCCCCAACACCGGCCCACUUCAGAGAUGCGUCUGGUCACGGUUUCCAUGUGGGCUAUGAUGUUGCUGUUCUUAAUGGCAUCAUGGGCUUGCUCGCCGUCAUCUGGAGCCUUAUCUGACACACACACACACACACACACACACACACACACACUCAGUAGAAAUUCAGAGGUGCACAGCUGUGGCGGCUGGUGCUGAAAUUGAUUGGUUGGGCUAACAAUUAUAGCCAUAGAAUUGCAAGUUAAAGUAACAUUCUCAUUCUCUCUCUCUCUCUCUAUAUAUAUAUAUAUUUAUAUUAUAUUUAUAUACAUAUAUUUAUAUACUUGCGCACACGCACCGUUUUGACAAUUUUUUUCUUCAUAGGACAUUGAAGAAAACGGAUUAUUAAGAAGAUGAUCCACCUAAUUCAUGUUAGCGCCCGCCAUUUUUCGUUUCUUCUUCUUCUUCUUCUGCUUCUUCUUCUUCUUCUUCUUCCAGCGGUGUUUGGCUAAAUGAAAUCAGCCCAAAUGACAAGUAAAUCGCGGGGCGUGAAACGACACCUGUCAAUCAUUUAACCGGCGCCAGCUGGCUGCUGAUUGGUCAGAACCGCUCGGCCUGUGGGCUACAUGAAGUCAGCCCAAAUGGUCAGUAAGUGAGGAGGGCGGGACAUGAUACCCGUCAAUCAUUUCCACCUGGAAAAUAAGUCAGAGCAGAUUUGAUGCGCUCGCGCUGCAUAAAAUUAGCCCAUUUAUAGAUAUCCUGUGUUAUUCUUUUAACUAUUUGGUGCCGUUACCACUUUAGGUUUCACUAAAACUAAACCUUAAACGUAUAACAGUCUUUUGUGUGUUAUUUAAACAAUAACUUUCUCAUCUUUAUCCCAUAACGUAGGGAGGACUUAGCCUCAUUAGCCCAUUUAUACCAGGCGUCACUGGUGCACCAGUGUGACCAGCCUUAAACGGUGUAAAUAUAUCUGAUUUACCGCUAUUAAAUGUUUUGCAAAAAGUC